UCUUUUUCCCUUCAUUUUGCUUUCGAUUUUCAUCUGUAGGUUUUCGAUUCGCUCCAAAUGGCUCGUACUAAGCAAACUGCUCGCAAAUCUACCGGCGGGAAGGCUCCGAGGAAGCAGCUCGCCACCAAGGCCGCCAGGAAGUCCGCUCCGGCCACCGGCGGAGUUAAGAAGCCCCACCGUUUCCGCCCUGGAACCGUCGCGCUUCGUGAGAUCCGAAAGUACCAGAAAUCCACCGAGCUUUUGAUCCGCAAGCUACCGUUUCAGAGGCUGGUUCGAGAAAUCGCGCAGGAUUUUAAAACCGAUCUGAGGUUUCAGAGCUCCGCCGUGUCGGCGCUCCAGGAGGCGGCGGAGGCGUAUUUGGUUGGUCUGUUUGAGGAUACUAACCUCUGUGCUAUUCACGCUAAGAGAGUUACCAUUAUGCCGAAGGAUAUGCAGCUUGCAAGGAGAAUUAGGGGCGAGAGAGCGUAGAUGCUCUCAUUUGGUUUAAAUUCUAAGUUAGAUCCGAUGUAAAACUUCCUCUGAUCUUAUGAAAUUUUCAAUUUGAGUUGGAAACUCUUCUUUGCGUGGUUUAAAUUCGUUUAAUCGAAGCUUGUUAAUGAUGAAAUCACUAUGCUAAAUCAACAUUGAAGGAACAGAAAGUAUG